CCUAAUAGGCUAUUUAAGGAGCUGUUCGCCAGCAACCCAGGCAGCACCCCCCCACCACCAUGUACACUCGUCCAGAGCCACCUUAAAAGCGGGAGGCAAUUGUGAAGUCACCGGCCAGCAAGUGGAGUGAAGACUGUAGAGCCCUCUAGUCCCCAAACUCCCAGUACCUGCUUCUUCCGGGGAUACCAUGUUGUUCUUCACUCUACUGCUGGAGGUGAUUUGGAUCCUGGCUGCUGAAGGGGGUCAACACUGGACAUACGAGGGCCCACAUGGUCAAGACCACUGGUCAGCCUCUUACCCUGAAUGUGGAAGCAAUGCCCAAUCCCCCAUCAAUAUCCAGACAGACAGUGUGACUUUCGAUCCUGAGUUACGUCCCCUGCAGCUCCAUGGAUAUGACCAGCCUAGCACUGAGCCUUUGGACCUGCACAAUAAUGGCCACACAGUGAAACUCUCUCUGCCCUCUACCAUGUAUCUGGAGGGACUUCCCCGAAAAUAUGUAGCUGCCCAGCUCCACCUGCACUGGGGCAAAAUGGGAUCUCUGGGCGGAUCAGAGCACCAGAUCAACAGUGAAGCCACAGCUGCUGAGCUCCACAUUGUACAUUAUGAUUCUGAUUCCUACAACAGCUUGAGUGAGGCUGCUCCGAAGCCCCAGGGCCUAGCUGUCUUGGGCAUCCUCAUUGAGGUGGGUGAGACCAAGAAUCCAGUUUAUGAACACAUUCUGAGUCACUUGCAUGAAAUUAGGCAUAAAGAUCAGAAGACUUCGGUGCCUCCCUUCAACGUGGGAGAGCUGCUCCCCACACGGCGGGACCAAUUCUUUCGCUACAACGGCUCGCUCACCACACCCCCCUGCUAUCAGAGUGUGCUGUGGACAGUCUUCAAUCGAAGGGCUCAGAUUUCGGUGGAGCAGCUGAAAGAGCUUCAGGAGACGUUGUUUUCCACGGAAGAGGAGCCCUCUAAGCUCCUGGUACAGAACUACCGAGCCCCCCAGCCUCUCAAUCAGCGAAUAGUCUCUGCUUCUUUCAUCCAAGUGCAAUCCUCCUCUACUACAGGCGAAAUGCUGAGUCUAGGAAUGGGAAUCUUGGUUGGCUGUCUUUGCCUUCUACUGGCUGUUUAUUUCAUCGCUAGGAAGAUCCGGAAGAAGAGACUGGGAAACCGGAAAAGCGUGGUCUUCACCUCAGCACCAGCCACAGAGGCGUAAAUCCCCUCCCCCGCCCCCCGCCCCAUUGCCAACAUCAUGGAUGCCUUCCCCUUGUGCCAAUUGGAGAGCUUCUAAAAUGAGGUGCAGGGACUGGUCAGAAAAUACUGUAAGAGUAGUGGGCAGAGACCCCUCCUUCCUCCAGACAGCCCCUACAGAGAGGCAUGGACAGGCUC